AUGCCCAAGUCCCUCUUCAGUGCUACUGGAGACUUAAGACACAUGUUGACUGGGCGACCGUUGGCUGCAGGACAGUUUCAGCGAUCGUACCGAGACACUUUGUCUCCCUACUCCUACGUGUCAGCCGCAUCCCAGAGCCACAGCACUUUGCCCCCCAAAGGUUCCGAUCGGACUCCAGUCCCUUCCAGAACAUGGCAGAACUCUCUCGGCUUGGUUCCAGGGCACAUGGAGGCUUCUCCAACGUUUGCGGACAAAGGGGUGGCCUUUCCUGUGCUCCAGAGGUUUCCAACCGAGGUCACGUACACGCUGCAGCCCAGUGCCUCCCCCAUGCACGUUCAGCAAGGGGCUCAAACGGUGGCCACGUCUCCUCCAAAGUACAGCAGCUACACGUCGUCCGUGCAGUACUCGCAAGCCUACUAUCCGACAGCUGUACUGCAGUGUUGUUCACCAACCACCCACAUAGAUCCUCUGUCUGGCUGUGCUACUCCUACAGCCUCAGCCUACACCCACUGCAACUUUUUCCAGAAUCCUCCAAUGCAGUCAUCUUACACAGUUGAAUUUCUGCCCUCUAACUGGCCGUGUAGCACAUCUGAUGAAAACAAGAAGUCUGAAGUAAAUCUUGAAGCUGUGUUCCAGAUUGUUGAUGAAAUGCAUUCAUCACCCAAAGUGGAAAUGGUAAAGGUGGAGCCUGUGGAGAACCAGUGCUCAACCCCUCAGUCUAGCAAAGGCCAACAGCUGCUCAUUAAUGCUGAGAACACUGAGACACCUUCGUCAACCGAGGCUAGUCGCCUGGAGCCUCUUACACCUGUAGGUUCAGACAUUACAUCGUUCGUGAUAGGAACAGAUUCUCUGUCACAGCCUUCUGAUUUUCUUUAUGCUCUCCAUACCCCUGAGUCUGUAGAAAGUGCUUCUGCUCAGAUAGUGCAAGAGCCUGUGACCGCACAGGAAGCACAUGGAAAACUGAAAGAGCAGCUGGACCAUUCCCCAAGUCAGUCCUCAAUGAUCUUUGUUCAGGAAGAGCAGCCAUGCAGUGCACAGCAGAUGGAUCCUAGUGUUAAGUGUCUACCCAGUCUGGCAGACACAGGGGUGUCUUCAGAACAGAUAGGGAUCUGCACAUCAGGAGCUGGACCCGUGAACAAAUCCGUAAAAGAAACAGUUCCCACUGCACAAACUAGAGGCAGGGAGAGAAGAAGCAAUUCACAGAAGGGCAAGUCACCCGAUCUCCAUCUGCUGGUCGAUGUAGCUUGCAAGCAGGAGCACUUUCCAAAGGAAGAAAUAAGAGAGUGA